AUGGAGGCGAAAAAAACGAAAACCGGAGAGAAGGAGUCGGCGACGAAAGUGACGCAAACGAUCGAGAAGAAGGUGAAGCGAAAGUGAGCGCCGCACGCAUUUUCACCGUAUUUCGAGCGUUUUCGAGCUUGCAGACGUGCUCAGCGAGCGCUCCUCGUGCCCGAGACGAAGAUCCGAAGCCGAACGAAGCGGACGUGGUGCGUCAUCGCGCACAUCGGAUCCGGCGGCUUUGGCGACGUGUACAAAGUGUGCGACGAGGCGAAGCCUUCCUACGUGCGUUGUGUGCGACGAUUCGGGGGGCCGCCUAUAUAUACGGUUUUUAGGAGUGUGCGAUGAAAACCGAAAUUCACAAUGCCGACCAGCGGCGUUUGAGUCUCGAACGGAGCAUUCUCAGGGAGAUUGACGGGUACACGAAGGCGCACAAAAAGGAGCGGCACUUUUGUGAGCUCAUCGACGCCGGUUCGACCAACGAGUUUUCGGUAUGAACAACCGGGGACCAGUUACAAAUAUCAUCGGUUUCAGUGGAUCGCCAUGACGCUCAUCGGUCCGUCGUUGGAGGACGUGCGUCGAAUGCUCGGAAAACAGUACUCGCGGCCGUGUGUCGUCAACAUGGCGCUUCAGAUUUUGGAGGUACGCUUUUGACGAACCUCGUCGGACCGGGUCCCAUAAAACGAUAAACGGUUGCAGGCGGUCGAAGUGAUGCACGAGGUGGGCUUCAUUCACCGCGAUCUCAAGCCCUCGAACAUUUGCACCGGAGUGGCGCCGGCCGACGAAAACGUACUCUACGUGCUGGACUUUGGAAUCAGUCGACGCAUUUUCAAGAACAAUAAGAGCAAGGAGUUGAGGGUCGGUUCGAGUUUAUCGAAAUGAAUCUAUCAUCGAUAAGUGUUCAGAAUAAGAGGGAGCGUGUGCCGUUUUUCGGCACCAAAAAGUUCUGCAGUCUUGCGUGUCAUCUGGAGAAGGAUCAGGGCCGGAAGGACGACAUGGAGACGUACUUGUACACGAUCCUCAACCUCUAUCACACCGAAAAAGGACUGCCGUGGAGCAGGGACAUGGCGGAGCCGAAGAAGAUUGUCGAGAAGAAGAAGGCGUUGUUUGCGAAUCCGCAGAAAGAGCUGGACGCGAUGAUUCCGGCCGUGUUCGCCAAAAUGGUCGCAUAUCUGGCGGGUCUGAAGUUUCACGACCCCGUGGACUACAGGUAUCCGAUUCUAGGGUUUAUCUGAAUUGCCGCUAAAGCUAUGAAAAAGUUGUCAACUGAUGAAAUGUUCAUUGGAAAAUUGUCUACAUUUUGUCUGUUGACAACUUGUUGAUAUCUCUGCCGACAGCUGAGAUAUACGGUAGGUACGGUAGUCGUUCAGAAUGCUCGAAGCGGAUCUUCAAUCGCUUCGAAAAGAGAGGGAAAAAGACAAGAAUUGCGAGUCGUCGGAUGAGAAAUUGAUGGAUUGGACCGGUCGGUUGGAGGCACUUUUGAAGGAGACAAAGAAGAAUCCGAAAAAGACCGAACAGCCGGUGGGUCCGCAUGCCUUUUGAGUGCAUAAAAGUGAGAUUAUUCAGAAGGGCGAGGAGACGUUGAUGUUCGAGAGACUUCAAAAGGCCAGGCAUGGGAGGUAGGGGUACGAUGGCGAGCAGUUGAAAGGAUGCAAUGAUUCAGAGAGAUGCAGUCGGCCGGCGCCAUGUCUACGGUCAACGAGUCGUGCAUGAAAACGAUGACACGCGAGGGCGAGCCGUCGGAAGCCGGUCCCGCAACGUCCAGGGAACCGGAGGUGCAGCCGAAGAGGAAAAAGAAGAGCAAGGUGAAGCUGUGA